GGGCCUACUGAGGGACGCGCGGAGCCGCACGGGCAGUGGCAAGCACGUUGUUAGUGGGCGCGGCUGGCGGGCCCGGGGGUGCCGGCGGUGGCGGGGGUCAGCGAGCGUUCGCCUGAGCCCCGUGAGUUCCGGCACCCUGACCCACGCUUGAUCAGGUCACUCUGCUGAGUGAGCAUCAGAAGAGCUGUCUUUCGGCCUGUGCGGCGAGAAACGGCGUGGCCUCAAUUUCCUAAGAGUCUCUGUAGAAGCUGAAAUCCAUCAAACACCGUUCUUCAAAAUGCAAUGGAAUGUACCAAGGUCUGUAUUCCGACUGGCACAUAGGACAUGCAUGGAACCACAUAAAGCCAAUCUUUUUGGACGCUGUCAAAACCUAAAGGGACCAUUACUUUUGUAUAAAGCUGAAUCCAGAGUAGUUUUGGUACAGGGCCCUCAAAAACAAUGGCUACAUUUAUCUGCUGUCCAGUGUGUUGCAAAGGAAAGGAAGCCAUUCACUGCUCAUCCACCCCAACCAGGGGUCCUUCACCAUAAACAGUGGGAGCAAGAUAUUUUAUCCAAGAGGAUUAUGUCAUCCAAUGCCACAUCCCCUGGAACUCCUUCGGAAAAAAAGGAAGAACCUGAUCCUUUACAAGACAAAUCUAUUAGUCUUUAUCAACGAUUUAAGAAAACAUUUAGACAAUAUGGAAAAGUUUUGAUUCCAGUGCAUCUAAUAACUUCUGGUGUUUGGUUUGGAACAUUUUAUUAUGCAGCCAUAAAAGGCGUGAAUGUCAUUCCUUUUCUAGAACUCAUUGGGUUACCAGACAGCAUAGUAAACAUUCUGAAAAAUUCCCAGAGUGGAAAUGCACUAACAGCAUAUGCCUUGUUUAAGAUUGCAACACCUGCCCGAUAUACUGUGACUUUGGGAGGAACCUCCUUCACUGUGAAGUACUUGCGUAGUCGGGGCUACAUGUCGACACCGCCUCCUGUUAAGGAAUAUCUACAAGACAGGAUGGAAGAGACCAAGGAGCUUCUCACAGAGAAAAUGGAAGAAACAAAGGAUAGACUCACUGAAAAAUUACAAGAAACCAAAGAAAAAGUUUCUUUUAAGAAAAAAGUGGAAUAGGGUGCCUUUUAUAACAGGUGAUAGACAAUUUCUGCACUUUAACCCUUUAGAAACUAUGGACAAAGAUACAUGAUCCUGGUGAUUUUUUUUGGUUAGUUGCCUAAAUAUACCAGUUCUCUGAGGGUUAAAGACCUAAGAUACCUUUUUAAAGUUAAAUAUUACUAGAAAAAUCAGUGUUUUUUGAAAAGAAAAAAAUGAACCCAGUAUAAGAAUUUAACAGCAAUAGCAGCAUUAAGCAGUGGUUAGUGUCGCAUAAGUCAGAGCUCUUUUUUCGGGGUCUUCAGAAUCAUACUUGCUUUAUGUUUUGUUGCAGCUAUAAUUUAUGCAGAUGAAGCAGUUGACUCCUUGGAUAACUGAUGUGGCCCUAGACAGGGUGUUAACACUGGGUUUUCAUCUUUAUGUUAUUCAUUGAGCUUUUAACUAUAUUCAUCUCUUAAUGUGGAAACCAAUAUUACCAUCAAAACUGCCAGUGAAUAAGAGGUUACUUAGUGUUUCUGUAAAAACAGUAUAUAACAGUUAUAUACCAGUUAAAAUACACAUUUUAUAUGAAGGAACGCGAAUAAAAACGGAGUCCUGUAUAUGUAAGUAAGAUGUAUUGGUUACAUGUAAAUGAAAAAUUGACCCUUUAAAAAUGAU